UAUCCUGAUGGCCUAGUCAAUUUUACCUCUACCCACAUGCAUUACCUCAAUUACCUCAACUACUCGUACCCUUGUACUUGAUACAGCUACUCCUUGUAUAUUGCCUUGCUAUUAUUUUUUAUUGUGUUACUAUUUCCUUUUUAUUCAGCAAAUAUUUGUUUUACUUUUUAACUCUGCACUGUUGGGAAUGGGCUCAUGAGUAAGCAUUUCACUGUAAAGCCUACACAUGUUCUAUUCUGCGCAUGUGACCAAUAAAAUGUGAUUUUCUAGGUAAAUAGGAGGAAAAAAUUGAGUUGGCCAUUCCUAAGACGUGUCCUGCACAUUUUUGAUGUGGGUCAUAAAGUCAAUGAGGAAAAUCAAUUGUCCUACCUCCCGAGUUGGCCAGCGGUCUAAAGCACUGCAUCUCAGUGCUUGAGGCGUUACUACAGACCCCCUUGUUUGAAUCCAGAGUGUAUCACCGGCCGUGAUUGGGAGUCUCAUAGGGUGGCGCACAAUUGGCCCAGAGUCCUCCGGGUUCGGCCGGUGUAAGCCGUAAUUGUAUAUAAGAAUGUGUUCUUAACUGAAUUGCCUAGUUAAAUAUAGGUAAAACAAUGUUUUGUUAUUUAAUACCUCCACUAUCAACAGCGACUUCCAACACGUUAACGUUUGAGUCAUUUAGCAGACCCUUUUAUCCAGAGCGACGUACAAUAGUGAGACACAACAGCUUUUUGUAUUCUGACACAUAUGGUUAAAACGCAUGGACAUGAUUUCAAGCUAUUACGUAUAUCUGGGAAACAUAAAGGGCAUGAACAAUUUGCUGGCAUCGGCUGACAAGGCAUCUACUAUCGGUUGGCCAUCUGAAGACUGUCCCCAUUUCUCAAUUUCUUAGUCCUGAAGUAUCCUACACCAUUUUCCUCUUCUGUGAGCGGACAAGCGCAAAUGUAUCGAAAUAUAAUUGGGUUGGUCAUCAUGUCACUUCCACUGAUUCUGAGCCCCAACGUUUUGGGGCUCGCAACAGACGGUUUGAACAAUCUUCAAAAUAUUGCAGGGAAGCUCAGCUUCAUUCAGAGGGAAGGAAAUGUCACUUAUCUGCGGGACAAGGAGCUGGCCACGGAAGUUCCAACCGAGACAAAGUUUGAACUGUUCGAUCCAAGGAACACUUUACGCUCCGCCAGAUUCACCUAUACCUGGGACUUCGGCAACGGAGAGGUGCUGAAGGGAUCGGAGCCGUCUGUGCACUAUAACUACUCAUCCUCUGGAAACUACACUCUGCGGCUGAGAGUAGUGACCCAAUUGAACAAAACCUCUACUCCACUAACUGGGGUAUACAGCAUGGACGUUACAGUUUUGGACGCCAUCAGAAAUAUUGAGUUGAGCCCUUUGAGUUUCCAGGUUUCCAGGAACAACAGUCUGGCUGUUCAUGUGGAUGGAAGUCCUCCCAUGUGGGUCUGUUGGAGGUUUCUACAGAACUGUGUAUCAGCAAACCCUACAGGCUGUCACCUGACCAUGCUGUAUGAGAACACCAUGAUACUGAACCACACCUUCACAGCUUUAGGAGACCACUGUCUGGACAUCAGCGCCCGCAACGACAUCAGCAAACUGCAGACCUCCUACAACAUCUUUGUGAGGAGAGAUCCCUCCAUUAACCUGCUAUUCACCCUGACAUGUACUGGGAUCAUCUUGGCAAUACUCGCCUUCAUCACUGUUAUAGCCUGUCGCACUAAGAAUGGACACAACAACAAACCACAGAUGUCUAAGUCCAGUAACGCCACUUACUCCAGCAUGAACAUGGAACUGCAGCCACAACAGGACUUCCCUGAUAUCAGUAGUGAUCUCUAUGUGUCCAGGCCAAAGAAAGAAGAGGUCCAACGCCUUCUACAGCACGGGACCAGAUCUGUCGCCAAAUCCUACCGCAACUAGUCUUCAUUUACACACUUUGUGACGGAUUCAAGUCAAAUGUUAAUAGUUUGCUAACAAUGUAUAGUUUGAGAUGAAUAUAUGUCACCAGUAACAUUGAACAACAAAUUGUCAGUGAUGUAUUACCGAUGUAGAUUACAUUCCUCUGUCUGUGUGGAUUUUAUACUUACACUAUUUUGCCUUUGAUGAUCUCAUCCUCAGACCCAGCCAAAAGCCAAAAGCCUGACCUCAAAAACUAAAUAUCCAUCCAAGGGUUUUAGAGGUUGAAUCCCACUAUGAUAAUUGAUGACAGCUGCCAGUAACCCUGUAGAGAACUGUCCUAAUGUGUAUUAUUACCCAGUGAUCUAUAUAUACGCUAGGUGACUGAUCAGUGGUGCUGUGUUGAAUCCACCGUGCCUCCAUUUUGGCACUCCCCCACCAUUGUAUAAACAUUUUGGAAGCUACAGCAUUUAUUCAUGUCUACAUUCAUUUUUGCCACAUUUAUUCUAUUACAGACACCUUAUCGCAUACCUUUAAAUUAUAUUUCAUGACUAAUGUUACUGUCCCCACUAAAACAAAAAAUACUUAAAUACAUGUAAUUUUGUCCUUGAAACAUUUAUUUGAAAUACUGUAGAGUUCCAUUCAUUCCUAUGGAGGACUGCUCCUACUGGGGAGUGCCAAUAUGCAGACCGACGGCUUCAAAGCCUCUCAAUGGCAAAUAGAUAGCAUAAGCAAUCCAGUUUUAUAUAUACAUUGUUGGUAUUACCUAAUCAUACUGGCUGUCACCACAGAUGAUCCAUUAUAUUGACCAGAUACUCCAUUGGCCACUCUAAGAAUUAAAAGAAUGUCUUCAAAAAUGUUAGGCAGUUGGGAGGAAAAGAAAUCGGGGAAGACCGUUCUAGCCAAUGAGAGAACAGAUACACGGGCGUGAUAACAUGCAGAACCAAUGAGAGAGCAGAUACACGUGUGAUAACAGGCAGAACUCUGAUAUAAGGGGCUUUUUUUGUCACAUCCUACUAAUAUCAGUACAGUCAUAAAAACCUAAGCUUUACAAAACCUCUAUUAGAUCAAAUAAGCCACAGGUUGAAAAUAAGCCAUUACAUUUUUGGUUAACCAAACCCGACACUCUCUUUGACCUCCAUACAAAAAACUUGGCUUGGUGAGAGGAAAGAAACAACAACAAAACGUCACCUGCUGGAGAAGACAGAUUUUGGGCCGAGUUAUCCCUCUGCUGUCACCAAACCCACCUUUCAGUCAGGGCUACAGAGAUGAAUUCAUGACCAAUGACAAUGACCUUGAUUGACAGAUGGCUUUAGCUUACAUUUUUUGUUGUUGCAGAAAUUGUAUUUUAAUUUGGGUUUGGGAGUGUGACUCACCAACAUCUUUAGAAAAUGUUAAUUUCAUUUACAAAAUGUUUUUAUGGAAUGCCAAGAAACUCAAUGAUGAAAGUAAAAAUAAAUCAAGCGUCAUUGUCAGUAAGAAGUGUUGUUAUAUAUUCAAUGUUAUACACUGGUUACUGUCCCCCAAAAUUGAUGUAUUUGUUGGGUAAUCGACAUCUGUCGCCGUUAUUUCUACAUAUUUAUCUUGCUGCUCACGACUGUACCAAAGGUAUUAUGUGUCUGAAUGGUAUCUUACAAUACAAUCUAACUUGAGUUGUAGGCCUACUUCAUGUUAUGC